AGAAAAGUGUGAGAAAAGGUCAAGAAGGAGAUAAAGGAGGCAGAAAAGAGAAAGGGAUCAACGCCGUAAACAAUAACCGGAAAUGGCGGAUUAACUUUUCGUCUUGUCAUGUUAUCGAAUGAGUUUCAUAUCGAAGCCAAUUUGUGUAGUUCAUCAGUAAUAGAAUUGCGCUAUAACUUUUUCCUUAUGGAAGAGGAAGGGUUAUAUUAGACGGAUCGGAUUCUUCACCGUGUUUUCUGCUUGAUUUUUCACGAUUGGGAAGCUAAAGAAGGGUUCAUUUCUCUAUUGAUUGCGAAGUUACAGGACUUGGAUCUUUUCUGUAUCUGUUGAAUCGAGCUAUAUCAUCGGUUGACCAAGAAGCAAUGGAUUCAGCGAGAAGUUGGUUACAGAAAUUUCAACCCCGGGACAAGUUGAAAGCAACUAGGAAGAAGGAACCAACAACUACAGGGAGAGAGGAGAUAAAUGAGAUGACUGAGGAAGAAACCUCCAAUGCUACAAAACAGAAGGUUGCAGCUGCAAAGCAGUAUAUAGAGAAUCAUUACAAGGAGCAAAUGAGGAAUCUGCAAGAGAGAAGAGAAAGACGUAAUUCACUGGAGAAGAAGUUGGCUGAUGCUGAUGUUUCAGAGGAAGAUCAAAAUAAUCUGCUAAAGUUCUUGGAGAAGAAGGAAACUGAAUACAUGCGGCUUCAAAGGCAUAAAAUGGGUGUAGAUGACUUUGAGUUGUUGACAAUGAUUGGAAAGGGUGCGUUUGGAGAGGUCAGAAUUUGUAGGGAAAAGACUACUGGCCAUGUAUAUGCGAUGAAAAAGCUUAAGAAAUCAGAGAUGCUCCGUAGAGGCCAGGUUGAGCAUGUGAAAGCUGAAAGGGAUCUGCUUGCAGAGGUUGCCAGCAAUUGCAUUGUCAAGCUGUAUUGUUCUUUCCAAGAUGAAGAGUAUCUGUAUCUGAUCAUGGAAUAUCUACCUGGUGGAGAUGUAAUGACUUUACUUAUGAGGAAAGAUACCUUGACUGAAGAUGAGGCUAGAUUUUAUGUAGCAGAAACGGUUUUGGCUAUUGAAUCAAUUCACAAACAUAAUUAUAUUCACAGAGACAUCAAACCCGAUAAUCUGCUGUUGGAUAGAUAUGGUCACUUGCGGCUCUCCGAUUUUGGUUUAUGUAAGCCUCUAGAUUGCAGCACUCUCCAAGAGAAAGAUUUCGAUAACCUCAAUGGAACUACCCAGAUUGGUGCUCUCCCUUCGGCUCCAAAGAGAACUCAACAAGAGCAAUUACAGCAUUGGCAGAAAAACAGGAGGAUGCUUGCUUAUUCUACUGUUGGUACACCUGACUACAUUGCACCAGAAGUUCUGCUAAAGAAAGGCUAUGGAAUGGAAUGUGAUUGGUGGUCACUGGGUGCUAUUAUGUACGAAAUGCUUGUAGGGUAUCCACCUUUUUACUCAGAUGAUCCCAUGUCUACAUGUAGAAAGAUAGUAAAUUGGAGAACACAUCUGAAGUUUCCUGUUGAAGCAAAAUUGUCCGUGGAAGCAAAAGAUCUUAUUGCUAAGCUUCUUUGUAGUGUUAACAAUAGGCUGGGAUCAAAAGGGGCAGGCGAAAUAAAGGCACAUCCUUGGUUCAGUAAUAUCGAUUGGUACAGGAUAUAUCAUAUGGAUGCUGCAUUCAUCCCUGAGGUCAAGGAUGAGUUGGAUACGCAAAACUUUGAGAAGUUUGAAGAGACUGACAACAACUCACAUACUCCACCAAAAAGUGGUCCAUGGAGAAAGAUGCUCUCCUCCAAGGAUGUAAACUUUGUUGGCUACACAUACAAGAAUUUUGAAAUUGUCAAUGAUUAUCAAGUGUCUGGAAUGGCUGAGUUGAAGAAGAAAAACACCAAGCCAAAGAGGCCAACCAUCAAAUCGUUAUUUGAGGAAGAUUGCGACACUUCAGAAGCAGAAGGCAGUAGUGAACGGUAAAAUGAUGAAGCUAGCGUAGAAGUUCUAACAAGAUUUCUCCGAUAACUGUCAUCAUCUUCGGUCAGAUAUUGUUAUUAGCCAAAGAACUAACCAUAAAUCUUUAAAGCAGUUAUACUAAAAGUUUGAACUAGUUUGUAGACGACGAAUACAACUGAAUUGGUUGUAUCUUUCUGAUAGGUUUGGUGUAAAUUCUUUAUCUGACUUUGCUUGGAUUAUGUUCUUUUAUCUUUAUUUCUUUUCUUUUUUGGAUAUAUUGACUGUAUACAAAUGUUGGCAGCAAUUAUCUUAUGGUAUAAGGAUGAUCAAGUUAAGGAUUCUCAA